UUUCUAUUUCUUCCUACACAGACCGUCUCUCUCCCACACAUACUUUUGCUUUUUCUCCUUGCAGAGUUGUCUAGGGAUGAUGCUGGCCUAACAUUCAUCUCUCUGUUUUUCUAUUCAUUCUUCAAUCCACGAAAAUGGUGAAAGAAACUGAUCAGAUUCAAAUUCCUAAUCAUAAAGACAGGAAAAUGUUUAUUGGUGUUGUUUGGAAUUGUGCUGCUGAGCUUAAACUCUUGUUGUCUGCCCUUCUGUUUCUCUGUUCUCUAAUUACUCUUUUCCAAUUCUUUCCUUCCUCCGUUCGAGAUCUCAGAGGAUGUGCCUCCUUUCCGCCACCUUCCUCCGCUGUCCAAUUCCUUACAACCACCACCAAUCCCCCACCGCCAAUUGAACCCCAACAAAUUAAGAAACUAGAAGAUGUGGUGCUUGAAGGUGGUUUAAUUAAGAGAAAUUUCAAUGGGUAUGGCGCCGCCGCCUACAAUUUCAUACUCAUGUCGGCGUACAGAGGCGGUGUCGACACGUUCGCCGUCAUCGGUCUCUCUUCCAAACCCCUCCACCUUUUCUCCAAACCCACAUACCUUUGCCAAUGGGUCCCACACAACGUAAGUGAGAAUCAACAAAAUAUCACCACCCUCGGUUACAAAAUCCUCCCUGACUGGGGCUAUGGCCGCGUCUACACUGUCGUUAUCGUCAACUGCACCUUCCCUUUUCCCGUCGGCCACGACGGUGCCGGUGGACAAUUGCUCGUACACGCCUCCACCUCCGGCGGCGGCGACUCCAACUAUUACCUCACGGACACCAUCGAAGCUUUGACGGAGACUCCGGGAAGCUUAAACACCUUGCAAUUCACAGCACCACCGAAAUAUGACUACCUAUACUGCGGCUCACCACUUUACGGAAAUCUGAGCCCGCAGAGGGUCCGAGAAUGGAUGGCUUACCACGUGAAAUUCUUCGGAGAGAAAUCCCAUUUCGUGAUACACGACGCCGGCGGUGUUCAUCCGGAGGUAAUGGAUGUUUUAAAGCCAUGGAUCGAAAAGGGUUACGUGACGUUACAGGACAUAAAGGAGGAGGAAAGAUUUGAUGGGUAUUAUCAUAAUCAGUUUCUAAUCGUUAAUGAUUGCUUGCAUAGAUAUCGUUUCAUGACGAAAUGGAUGUUCUUCUUCGACGUCGAUGAAUUCCUUUUUGUUCCUAAGAAGGGCACCAUUAAAACAGUUACAGAUUCGAUGUCACAGUUUACCCAGUUUACCAUUGAACAAAGAACCAUGUCUAACAAUCUCUGCUACCUCGAUGAUACUGCUGGAAAAAUUUACAGGAAAUGGGGGAUGGAGAAGUUGGUGUACAGGGAUACAAAGAGAGGGAUAAGGAGAGACAGAAAAUAUGUAAUUCAACCUCGGAAUGUAUUUGCGACGGGUGUACAUAUGUCACAAAAUAUAAAGGGGAAAUCGACACACAAGACAGAAGGGAAGAUCAUGUACUACCAUUACCAUGGGACAAUAUCGGAGAGGCGGGAACCAUGUCGGCAGCUGGUGAAUACCACCAAUCUGAAUGUGGAGGGAACGCCGUACGUGGUGGACACCACCAUGAGGGAGGCGGCCGGAAAUGUAAAGAGAUUUGAGCUUAGAAUGAUUGGUCCAGUUUUGCAGAGGACUCGCCAGUGACCGACCCCACAUCCUGCUUAUUGAUUUUGUAUUAUAAAUAUUAUAAAAAUUAUAAUCAUAUAAAUAAUUUAUAGAAAACAUUACAGUUUUUUUUUUCUUGA